AUAAUUCGGAGCAACGGCUCGCUUUACCUCGCCUCGUCUCUUGCAGAAAACAAUCCUCCGUUAUUAGACGACUGCAAUAAGCGUAAUCGCCGGCUCGAAAGUAACGUAUCCGGCACUCUCACGAAAGAAUCGUAAAGAAGAAACGGAUGAUUGCAACGAGCUGCCAAUUAAAGAAAUGGAUACGGUAAUUACAAAGCCGCGUCGGCGACUAGGAAUACGGGCCAAUUCGGUGCGUUAAAUGCUCCCCCGGCGAUUCACGUUCCAGCCGGGGCUCUCGCGGAUCUGGGAUGGCCUUCUGGGAGCAAAAGUGGCAAGAGCAGCAGAAACAGCAGCAGCAACAGCGAUAUCGGAUCAAACUCAGUUAACAAGCCCGUGUCGUCGCUGUAUCGGUCGUGCAAGUAGAUAGAUUUUAAAUCGAGUCAACUGUGGGACAACGGUAACAAAGUUAACACGGCAAAAUAAUCCAGGUGCGAUUGGCUCGCGUAUUCCGUAUAUAAUGAAAGCACAUGAGACGAGACGGUAGUGGACCCUGAGGAUGGUGGAUGCUGCGAGGAAGAAAUUGAAUUCUGUUUUUACACGCCGCCUAAUCGCUCGACACAUCGCAGUGUCAAGGGAGAUUCUGUUUAAUGCAGAACACUGAAAAAUGUAGAUACAAGUAUAGUUACAAAGAAGACACUAUUAACCCCAUCCUACUCCAUCGAAACCUUUCGUGUGUAUCGACAGUAUCCACGAUCGAUCAGCGAAAGUACAGGCUAUAAAAUAUAACGCUACGCCAACGUCGAAGAGAAACGUACUGGAUGUCGCAAGGAAAAGGAAUGACACGGUGAGAAGACCUAGAGACAACCAAUCUCAGGAAUGUGACGUGUGGCAGAAUUCCGUGUGAGGAAAUCAGUAUCUUCGAACGGAAAUCGUGGAACGAAAGAAAGGGAGGAACGUACGGAAUAACAGAUCGACAUAUACGGGAUCGAACAAAGAUUCGUCCCAACAAGUGUCCUUACGGAUUUAAAAGUUUCCUGCCCGACGUCAUCUUCGUCGCGAAGCGGCGUUGACCGUGUUAUGGAAUGAAUCGAUGCCCGGACGGGGCAUCUAAGUGUCCACGAUCAUCAUCUUCAAUACGAGCAUCAUGACCCCGAUAAUGCGGCUGCUCCUCCUAUCCGCUCUGCUGGCCAUACAAUCCUGCUCGACCGUCUGUUCAGCGAGCAGCGAUGGUAAACCUAAUGGCCCGAUCUUUAAUCUAGAUCACACUGUUCUGGAAAAGAAUUUAGCGGCAAUCUUCAACAAGGUGGCACAUAGUUCCGCGACCACGAAGCGCAGCGUGCCGGCAUACGAUGCUCAGGUGUCGGCUAGCACAACGUUGUCGACGGUACCAUCGCCGUUGACCACCAGUACGAUCACCAGUACAACCACCGCUAGCCCGUCGAUACCCGCUAUUAAGUAUCCGGCAGCGCCACGGGCCACAGCAUCGCCCGUCUUUCGGGAUCUGCCGUCGUACGCGCCUCCUUCCAGGGCACUCUUCACGCCACCCCUACCACCAGAGUACCUGCACCCAUUCGCCGAUAAACCCACGCUGCGAGGUACCAACUCGGACGUGCAUACCAACAACAGGAGACCGGUACCGCCACCGAGCUUGACGCCGGCGCACGAGCGGAUACCCAUCCGACCGCCGGAUCUACCUCAAAGUCCUUCUCAAGUACCAGAGAGACAUCAUUCUCAUACGAGGAUCAAACCGGCAAAUGUGCCCGACAGCAGAGAGCAGAGACCGGCGGAAUCUGGUGAGGCCGAUCGAAAGAACGGCACGAAUGAUCCUUCGUUCGUGACUCUUCAUUAUCCCAGUAUUUCUAGGAUUUUAUCUGGCAGCAACGGCAGGAAACAGGAUAUUCCCGAUAUACUAUUAAAGCCUUUAGCUACGAAAAGUCCGUUGCUGCCGAAUAUUCCUCCUGCCCUAACGACCGAUAAAACUACGUCGCCGCCAAGCACCAUGACGCCGAAAGCGCCCGGCAGUACCGUGGAUCCUUCGAAGAUCGCUGUCACGCAGCCAACGAUCUUCAACCUACCAAACACUGGCCGACAGGACGACGACAGCUAUCAUCACGGCCUGAGGAACGAACAUGACACUGAUAGUAUCGAAAUAGUGGAUACGGAGAGGCUACCGUAUCCGCAAGCGCAGCCGCCGGCGCCAACGCCAAAGCGACCAGCAAACGUCAACGACGACGACGAUGACGACCGUUUGAUACCACACGUCGACACGCAUCCACUUGAGUCUACGUGGCGGAUCGCCUGGUCGCUACACGUGUACGUCGCGGCGAUUAUGUUUACGCUCAUGGCCUUGUAUUCGAUCUACAAGAUCGUGCGUUUCAACGAGGCAACGAAUUUACUCACGCAAUCGUACUUCCUAGCCGUUCAUCUACUGUUGACCACAAUCUGCACUCUGAGGUGCUUUCACCUCUUUUACGAUGCUUACAAUCUCGGACAUUCGCUGCCAGAAUCAUUGUCUAGAGUACUAAUGUACCUGCCGGCACCACUCUUGUCUACGGCGUUUGCCACUCUGAUGUUGUACCUUGCCCGGUGCUCGGAAGCACCAUCGCUUAACAACAACAUCCUCUCGCCUAUUACGCUUGUAUUUUCAUCCACGGUGCACAUUAUACUGUGCGUAUCCCUGCACGUGUCCGCGCACAUGCUCGGCUAUCAGGACGAGGCGAGAAUCCUGCCGCUCAUCUGCCAGUGCAUUUACAUCAUCGUCUGCAUCACUCUAGGUCUGUGCUACAUGUACGUGUACCGCGUGGUGCGUUCGCAGAUUCAUAUGGCCAGCAAUAAGGCAGCCGGCGCAAAUCAUAUGAUGGGCGCCGACCCUACUACGGUGGCUCUCAGCACUGCCAUCACCACCACUAUUGCCACCGCUCUGUUGUUCAUCCUCAUGGGCCUCGUACAGCUCUACGGCGUAUUCGGCGUUCAGGAACGUCCGCAACAAUUUCCAUGGCUCUGGUGGGGCUGGCAGUUCUCCGUCAGAUUACUAGAGCUAUCCGUUUGUGGUCUCCUAGCCUGGGUUGCCAGCCUAUCUCAAUAUCCGUUGCGCGAGAAACAGAUGCAGCAACACUCGGCACACUCGGGCUUCGCUCUGUUCCCCUGCGGCAGUUCCACCUCUACCGAAAAUAUGGAUGAUGUACUCUACCCCGCCAUAUGUAGUACCAACCAAGCGAUUCAAAAUUAUACCAUGAGAACAGGAAAACAAGUCUACGACGAUAGUUUUCCACUGAAUACUUUGCCCGAGCAUUUGAACAUAUCAGGUACCUUUGAGAGACAUUCCAUCCGCAAGUCAGGUACAAUGGGCCACUUUCCUCACGAAGGUCGGGGUUCCUUAAGUCGUCAUGGAAACGGUAUACAAACUCUAAGGAACUCAGAGACUCGCGGGAGGCAUACGCCUGUACAAGGCCUACACGAACAAGCUCCAACCAGCGGCUCGACGAUGCUAGUCGCCGAGGACGGCUUCGUUAGGUUCCGGAGUCUUGGUGCGGAAGAAGAUGAGCUGUCCGAUACGCAGAGCAUGGUCGGCACUCACGGCAGGGGAAGUUCGCUCGCUGGUAGUGUUAGAUAUAACGCGAGGCAUCCCACAGUACAGCAUCAGCACCCCCAUCAGCACCAACACACGCUGCAACACUCGCAUCCGAGUCAACAUCAAACCCACCACCAACUUUACAACAACACAUAAAGGCUGUGCCAACGCGAUGACUAGAACGUGAUUCUUGUUGACUCGACGUAACGAUCGUCGUCGAUGAAACAUAGGAUAUAUCGACACUCGCGAGAAUCGUCGCCCUCGCAAACUUCGGUCUAAACUAAUUUUAUCUCGUACUCUAUGUAAGAUAUGUCCUGUGUAUAGACAACCUAAUUGCCAUUCCUGCUCUCCCGCUUUGCAUCGACGUCCGAGCCAAGCCUCUGCCGUACGAUAUCUAUACAUAUUUAUUUUGAUCCUCGAUAAGCAAGUAAAAGUAUACGGCGAACUCGUUUGGGGUUCUUCUACCUAUAUGUGGGUAGUUCAGGGUAUAUUGAAACUUGAUCUUAUAUUAGGCACUUGGUACUUAUUAAGAUUCAUGUGAUUGAAAAAAAAUAAAGAAAUAAUGUGUCUCACUGAAGUAUAUAGGAAAAUGCUUUUCUCUCGGUUUUAUGUUCACUGUUAGUACCGAACACGGCUGUGGAACGUAUUGAAGGAACAAAUGAUUUUAAAUUAGUUCUAAUGCCACAUAAGGAAUUCCGAUGUAUUUUAGCAAACAUACUGCUAUUUAUUCGAUGCCACGUUAUAGAAGACUUCGACGUUAUAUUUUUGUCCCAGCAGUUUUUAUAACAUUCAUUAUUUUACAUAGUCGUACAUUAAAAAGCAUUUCAAUGACCACCUUUCAAUUGAUACUUGUUCUUCUUUGAAUUUACUAUUGUGACGGAAAUUCGACAUAAAGUCAGCUUUGCGAUCAGCAGGAAGUAUAUUUUUUACAAAAAAAAAAAUUGUACGCGAGGUCCAAACACUCAACUGGGGAAAACAAUUACGAUUCUCAUUCAGGUAUUCCGAGAUUAGGAUAUGAUUGUGUCAAGCUGAAAGCGAUGUUUGUACAGUCGAUGAUAAUUUAUCACUCAGUCCAAUUGUACGAUUUAGUUAGCGGCUAAGACUAGAUUAAGAAAAUUGCGGGUUACGUUAAGUUUAGCCAUUAAGUUAGGCAAGACGCGACUAAAAUGUCAACAGGUUUACAUUUAAUAAAUCGAAGGAGAAUAAGGAAGAUGUCAAAAAAAUACUAUUACCGAUUUAGAAUAGAUGACAUAAGUGCGAUUUAAUGUCACACACACACAGGCCAGCAUUUUAUUUUAUUUCUCAGAUUCUAAGGUACAAAAUAGUACUUUUUACCUUUCACUUCGUAUAUCAAUAGGUCGCAAUGUAUAUGUUUAUAUAUGGACAUUGUAAAUAAGGUAUACGGGCUCGUCGUGAGUGAAUCUACUGUUAUGAUGGAAUCCGAUUGGUUCUAUUCGAGAUAUUGGAAUUUAUACAUUUCUUGGUUGUAUAAAAAAAGAUAUAAGACUUGUAUUUUAAUUUAUGUCAGAAACUGUAUUUAUUAUGUGAAACAUUCCACAACAAGUGAUCAGUGUGUGCGCGAUCGAUUUGUGUGGGAUUUUAUUGCAAUUAUAAAUUUACCUAGGCGCUAAAUGAAACGGAACAAAUGUAAAUAAAAGCUUUUUUGCGAAGUCUUACGUUUGUCUUACUUUCGAAUGCGAUUUUAGUCAUUCUAGAUGCAGCAGAUGUACGUAAAACAUACUUCUGAUUUUUACAUUUUUAUAAAAAAAAUGAAUCUUAGUUUGAAUAUACCUUCACAGGUUAUUGUGUUCACAUUAUUAAUUUAUA